UUAAAACCGGUAUUGAAACCAGUGUAAACAAAGCUUUUCCAACUUUCUUACAACAAUAACCAUCAAUUGAGUAGCAAAAAUGAGAUACGUUCCCAGAUUUUAUUCGAAAAAAGGACAAAAAUUUCGUCUUAUGGUCACUGGUUCCAGUUGUACUGGAUAUCAAUCAUGUAUUAAUGUUCUUUGCGAAAAGCAAAUCUUAGACGAGCAAUUGGAUGUGAAUCCUGAAGAAGCUCACUUGGAAAGACCAUUGAAAAUUAUAGAACAUGAAGCAGACAUCCAAGGAGAAGAAUUUCGGGUUGCUUUGACUAUUAUAGAAGUCUGCGGCUUUGGUGAUAUGCUUGACAGAUCUUCCAACUUUGAUGUUGUGACCGACUACUUGGAAAAUCAACUUGACCAAGUUUUAGUCGAAGAGUCUAAGAUUCGUAGAAAUUCUAAAUUUGUUGAUAAGAGAGUGGAUGCUUUACUCUACUUCAUUGAGCCAUAUGGGCAUUGUUUAUCUGAAUUUGAUUUAGAAGCAAUGAGACGCUUCUCUAAGAGAGUCAAUGUUAUACCUGUUAUUGGGUUUGCUAAUGCCUUCACGAAGGAAGAAUUAAGCAUUUUCAAACAAAGGAUCGUUCAAGAGCUCUCAGAUGAAAAUAUUCAAAUCUUUGACUUCCCUUACGAUGAAGACGAAGACGAAGAUGAGGUUGUUGAAGAAAAUAAGCGACUCAGAUCGAAUCUUCCAUUCGCUGUAUCUGGUGCAGCUACAGGUGUUAAUCAACAGGAUUUUGAUGACCUUGCUAAACAUUUCCCAUGGGGAACCUAUAACAUUGAAGAUCCAGCACACUCUGACUUUGUGGAUUUGAAAACAGUCCUGUUCAUGUCGCAUUUGCAGCACCUAAAGUUUAUUACGCAACAAUAUUUCUAUGAAGCCUAUCGUACAGAAAGGCUUUCUAACGCUUCAUUGUCCUCUAAUUCUUCGCAUAUGCUGGUCGACCAUGACGAAUCCAAACAAAGCGGAACAAAUCCACAUGAACCGUAUGAAUUUGAAACCCAUGAACCGACAAGUUCUCAAUCCUCACUUAAACAUGCGCAAUCCAAAUCGGAUAUGAAUUCUGUAUCACCAAGUAUUAAAUCUAGACAAACUUUACAAAAGAGAGAUUCUAUUAAAUCCACGUCAAGCAAGAUUAAAGUUCCUCAUGUUGAAACCAGUCUGCGUGAGUUCCCUCAAAGAAAUUCUUCCAAAAGGAACGCACAAAUUAACGAAGUUGGUGAAACCAAAGUGUUACAAUCCGACGAUGUUGCUCAUGGUCGCUUUGAAAAUGUUCCCUGUACCACUACAAAGUAAUGACACAGGAACGCUUUCAGGUCUGCAUCAUCCAGCUUAUCAAAUAUCGGUUUGUAAAUUCAAAUCGUCUUAUGUUCAAUUAACUGCUUAGUAUAUUUUAUCAAAAGUAAAUAAUUGAUUUUAUUGAGAUUCCAAAAGCUUGGUAGUUAUUUC